AGUCACACCAAAAAUAUUACAAUCAUUCCUAUACCAGCUCUAUUCCUGUCUUUCGGGUUUUAAUUUAACUUUCAACGAAAAGCCAACUAAUCGUAUGAGACGGCAUUGGUUGCAAAAACCCAUUUUAUUGUACUUGUUUGCUUGUGCAGAAAAUAAAUAGAUACAAAAUUCGACGUUGCCUUCUUAUCCCCCCCUCCGCAAGCAAGAAACAAGGACAACUGCUAAGUGAUUUAGGUAGUUUCAUGUUGUUGGGCUCUAUUUCACAUCCCCACAACAAGAAACUGUCUUAAUUGCCUCGCAGUGAGAUUCAGCACAACAACGAGACAAACACGAACUCUAAGGGUUUCCCGCGAGCAUAUUUUACCAAGAAAUUCUCCGUUGUAACGCACGUUUUAACGUCGCAAAUCCAACGCGUGGACGGAGGGAGAUAUGUUUAAAAAGCGAAUAUCGGCGUUGCAGGUGUAGUUAGCAAGGCCUCGGUUACGAUCAAUGCACUUCGGCCAAAGCCGCGUGCGCGUCCGAGACCGAAGAGCACGCCCACGCUGCCGGAUGCGUCUGCUGGGCGGGAGGGGGAAAAAAACACAAAAGCUUUAUUGGCCAUAUUCAGGCCAGACAGCCAAGUUACAACCCGAAGAAAAACAGAGUAAUAGCCCCUGUUAUAAACAAAGUCUGUCGAAGUGCCCAGAGAUCCACUCUUCCGAGGACAAGAUCACAGCGAUGCCCAUCGACCAGAAGGAGAGAAAGCUCUGGUCGGCCGUGGUUGUCUUCUAUUGUUUUUUUUUUUAAUAUAUAUAUAUAUAUAUAUAUAUUAUGAUGAAAUUUAUUUUCUAAUAAAACAUCACUGUAUUCACUCAUGCUUUAUAUUAUAACUGCGUAACAGUAUAUAAUAACGUUAUCUUGCUGAUAUCCGAAUAAAACACGCCGCACAGCUCGCUGCAAAUAUAUUUACAAACGCAGCCUUUUAAUUAUGAAGCAUGCUACUAUUUCAAUGAAUGUGUGGGAUAUGGCAAAGCAUUUUUUUCUGUCCUGUAACAGCUUAUUAAAGAAUACCAACAACAGAAAGAGAUAAUAACGUUGUGACCGAUGCUAUAAAAUCGUUAGCUUUUGCAGUGUUGAUCAAACAUUUUAAAUUGUAUUAAAUCUUUUUUCACUCUUUUAAUCUUUUUGGUUUGAUAGUUUUAAUUGUGGUACGGUUUUAACGCGCGAGGCUUACUUUGAAACAUAAAGCAAACGAUGCAUUUGUAUCUGACAAGGCUUUUCGUUUUGUUUCCAGCUCGGUUCACGUUCAGAUUUGGUUUGAUUUCAGCUAGUCUGCGCUUCACCAGACUGAAGGUUUGAGCGCGUUUUUACUGAACGACUGGUCACUUAGCAGGUCAUAUCUCAACCAUCCAGUGGCACUUACUGCCAUAUAAAGUAUACAUGCGGCUCACGUAAAGAUCCUUUUUAUGUCCGAACUAUUUUAUGUCUUCUUGUGCGAGAUAAGCAGCGUGCAUUUAUCGCAGAUAUGCUAUUUUUGGGGAAAAAAAAAAUCUGGAUAGCUUAAUUGGACUGCAAUAUUUAGCUGGAUCCCGGAGCAAAGAUGUGACAACGCAUUUAGCCUACGCGUUUGGGGGGUUUAUUUUAUCGUUGCAAACAGUACACCUACUCCAUUAAAAACCGGAUAGGGAAAUACUACAAUAACGCUUCUCAAAUAACCCUUCUUGUUACGCUCGGUUAUUAGACGCUGAAGCUUAACAACACGAAUAAAAUCAAAUCCACCUUCAUAAAAGCAUAUGGCUAUACCAUUAAAAAUAUGACUUGUAAAAUGGAGGCCAUUUAACCGCGCGCACCGGUUAGGCUUUCCCCUUUAUCUCCCGCGUCCUCUCCCACAGUCACGUGUCCGGCGCGUCCAAUCCAAUCUCUGCAGCCAUUCAACUUAUCAGAGGUCUGUAGUUCACAGCGAAGUCAAGUAGUUAGUUACUUGAUUUCAACGGAUUCUGCUUUUGUGUCAGUUUCAUUGUGGGUGUAUCCGUUCUCCCGGGCUCUCCGUGCUUGUUUUUGUUAUGUCGACAUUGGGGACACUGAGUUACUACGCCGACUCACACAUUCCGCACGAGAAUGACGAUCAUUUGGCGCCGAGGUUCUCGUCUGGACCUGUGGUCCAGCAGCAGGCUCGGGAACUGACGCUGCUCGAAUACGGCGAACAGGAGCAGUACGCUUUCCAAGCCAAAUCAUCAAUUUUCGGUGCGUCGUGGAGCCCGGUGCCCGUGCAGCCCCCGGGCUCAUCCAUCGCCUACCACCCGUACAUCCAUCACCCCUGCUCAACGGGAGAAACCGACGGAGCAUCCGUGCGUUCCUGGGCGUUGGAACCGCUGCCCUCGCUGCCUUUCACGGGAUUAUCCGCAGAUGCACAUCACGAUAUAAAACUCGAACCGCUGGUCGGGAGCGGCGAGUGCGCCGCGCACACGUUGCUUGCGGCCGAGACUGACAGCAACACGAGCCGAGCGGAGAGGAAGAUACCGGACGAUGCGCUUUCCAACGGAUCACGGGACGAGAAAGCUCCUGCGGAAAACAAGGCGGAUAUAGACCCAAAUAACCCUGCGUCCAACUGGCUGCAUGCGAAGUCCACUAGGAAAAAGCGCUGCCCGUACACUAAGCAUCAAACUCUCGAGCUGGAGAAAGAAUUUCUGUUUAAUAUGUACCUCUCACGCGACCGUAGAUAUGAAGUGGCAAGACUCCUAAAUCUCACGGAGAGACAAGUCAAAAUUUGGUUCCAAAACCGUAGGAUGAAGAUGAAGAAAUGCAAUAAAGAUCGUCCAAAAGACAUUUAAAAGUGGAAAGAUAUACAUAUAUAUAUAUAUAGAAAAAAAGCGCACUGCGGUGGAUGGAGUUGUUUGGUUCGUGCGAAGGUGUUCGUGAAUUAGCCUGUCUUUUUCCUCAUGCACAACCACAGUAGAUUAUUAUCGAUAGCCUACAUUUUGUAAUGUUAGAUGUACAUUGCACAAACCUUUGACCCAAGGGUAUGCUUGUAUAUAUCAUUGUGUCUUUGUAUACAGCUCGUUGGUGAUAGUUCUCUUUAUUCGGUUUGCUUGUUGUAGGUCUAGCCUUCCGCAUUCUGUAAAUGUCAAAUAUGUUAAAUUUUUAUUUUUAAAAAGUUUUUAAAGCACCAGUUCAUGAUUUCAGGGAAAUGGGUCCUGCGAAAUGUGAAAUGCUGAUGAUAUGCAUGAUUCUAUUUUUUUUUGUUUGUUUUAAUUCCAAAAAAAGACUUGUAGCGUAAUGUAUCAAUGUUUAAUGUGACUACCUAGAUGUAUUUGAACUACCUAUGUAUUAUGAUUAAUUUAUGUUGUGUUGCUCGUUCAUUUCAGUGAAUUUUGUAACAUUUACGUGCUUGUGAUGUUAUGUGUGAAAACAUAAAUGGCACAUACGCCGAUACCUCAAAUCAACACAGUGUUAGUCGUUUUCAAAUCAAAUUCCACUUGUGUACAUAAAUAAAUUUCUGAU